AUGUGUUUUGACUCUUGUCUAAUAAAGGCUCGUCUUCUUGAGUGGCUCAAGAGUCUUCAUAAAGACAUAAUUAUUAAGAUAACAAGCAAGAAUGUCAUAAGAAGUCUCUUCUCUGUGCUGCACACCACAAGCAGAGACAUGGAGAACACCCAUUUGCAACCAGAUUUAUCAGAACAAAAUGGAUCAAACUAUGACAGAGAAAAAGAACUGAUAGCCUUUGAUGAAACCAAAGCUGGUGUUAAGGGACUUGUAGAUGCUGGUAUACAGAAACUCCCUUCUUUCUUUGUUGUACCAGAAAAUGAAGUCUCUUCUAUUGCCUCACCAAAACUGAGUCCAACCUAUGUUCAGAUUCCUUUCAUCGACCUCAAAGACAUAGAUGAAGAUACUGAUCGGCAUAAAGAAAUUGUUGAGCAAAUAAGAAAUGCUUCAGAGACAUGGGGUUUCUUUCAGGUUGUGAAUCAUGGGAUAUCUAAGGAGGUCAUGGAGGGAAUGAUCGAAGGAGUAAGGAGAUUUCAUGAGCAACCAACGGAAGUGAAGAUGGAAUAUUAUUCAAGAAGCCAGAGAAAGAAGGUGAAGUACAAUAGCAACUUUGAUCUUCACAAGGCAAAAGUUGCAAACUGGAGGGACACUUUGUAUUGUUACAUGCCAUAUGGUGAUGAGCCGGAUCCUGAAGAAUUGCCAGAAGUAUGCAGGGAGAUGUCAGUCAAAUAUUCAGAACAUGCAAGAGGGUUGGCAGUUACCAUUCUGCAGUUACUUUCAGAGGCUCUUGGACUUGAGCCUAAUCAUCUGAUUGACAUUGACUGUGACAAGGGUCUCAACAUUGUGUCUCAUUACUAUCCAGCAUGCCCUGAGCCAAAUAGAACUCUGGGGGCCACUCCACAUAAGGAUCCUUUUUUUAUCACUAUCCUCAUGCAAGAUCAUAUUGGUGGCCUUCAAGUUUUUCAUCAAAAUCAAUGGAUUGAUGUCCGUCCUCUUCCAGGAUCUUUCGUAGUUAACAUUGGUGACUUACUGCAGCUUAUCUCCAAUGACAAGUUCAAGAGUGCUGUGCAUAGGGUGCUAGCUAGCCACAUUGGCCCAAGAAUAUCUGUGGCAUGCUUCUUCAAAUCACAUCUUUCCUCGUCUGACAGGCUUUAUGGUCCAUUAAAAGAGUUGCUGUCAGAUGAAAAUCCCCCUCUUUACAGGGAAAGUGGGGUGAUGGACUACCUUAUUAAAUACAACACAAAAGGACUUGAUGGUGGCACCACCACUCUUAAUCAUUUCAGGCUGUGA